AUGAGUUAUCUCGAAUUGCAGGCGAACGUGCUCAAAUGGAUCGGUAUAUUCCCUCCUGUGGAUUCAUCUUCAUCCCCGACUCUUUUCCGGGCUUACACGGUCUACCGCGUGUUGUUCAUCUCUGUCGUUUCGGUAGUUGCAUUUGCCACAACCUUACAGCUGUUGGUAGCCCCCGACCUGACAAUGAUCGCCCGCACCAUCGACUUGUGGACCAUGUUCGUCUCUGGCAUCUUCAAGUGGUAUUGCAUGGCCAGAAGUAGCGACGACUUCAUGGAGUUCAACACCAACCUGAUGGCAAUCCAAAACCAAGGGCUGAUAUUGUAUGGCAGGAGAGCUCAACGGUUCACCGCCGAUUACAUGGGGCCGGUCAGACAGACCACGGUCAUUUAUCUACUAUGUGGCCUCUGCGCUGUUCUAUUAUAUACCAUAAAUCCUCUGCUGAAUUAUCCUCAAAACGGACGAUCGGAUUUGGUUUAUUUCAACGACCCAAAUAGCUAUCCCUUAUGCGCCUGGAUGCCGUUCACGGUAAAAGAGCGUUGGGUUUUCAACGGUAUCUUCUUCUUGCAUGUCUUUACGAUGGCAGGCAUCACCAACGUCUAUUUAGGCAUUGAUUCAUUCAUGUUUGGUGCCAUGUACGCAGUGGGUGGUCAAAUAGAAUUGCUUAACGCAUCGUUGGACAACAUUGAAAAGACAUUAGUUUCUGAUGGAGACGACCAAAACUCAACAAUGAAAUUCGAAAAAGAUCAACAAAAUCAAUUCCAUUCUAUGAUUGUGCAAUCCAUCAAACAUCAUAUUCUUAUUUUAAAGUAUAUAAGAAAACUAAGAGUUAUGUUCAGCUUGCUCAUACUUGUCGAUUACCUGCAUGGACUAAUAUCUUUGACAUUUGCCAUGUUUCAAACGACAAUAAGCGUAGACGUCAGCGAAAAGAUUGCUGUAAUUUUUUUUAUAGCCUUGAGUCUUGGACAUCAGUUUCUCAACAAUUUCUUCGGCGAAUAUAUCAUCCAAAAGCAAAUGAGUGUAAGGACUUCACUUUACAACGUACCUUGGUGGCGAGCCGACAAGCAAGUUCGUGGAUGUUUAACGUUGAUGAUCACCAGAUCGAACGAGCAGACAAUAAUCGACGGAUUCUACAUGUACAAAUUGUGCUUUAAAUCUUUUAUUGCUUUCGUCAAAGCCCUUUAUACCUAUUACAUGGUAUUGAGGCAACUGCAAUAA